AUGUAUCUGCUCAUCACUGGGCGUGCUGGUGGGUACCGCGCCGGUCAGGAUGGAAUGUUCUCCGAACAAAUACAGCAACGCGUCGGUGACGGCGACGAUGUCAAGGAACCUGUUGAAGACAAUUUCAACUGUAAAGCAAUGGGCCAGUCUGUCUGGCAACCACACCUGCCUGCUAUCGAUGCCGUUAUCCGCACAUCCUAUUUGCUAAUGCCCCAUGAAUAUACGCGACAUUCUGGUUUUUACGCCGGUUCUGGUAGGAAUGACGCAUCGCUGAAGAAAUGGCUAGUAGCGCAGUUCAGCUGCUCCUUGUCUAUUUUUCCACUUCUAAAUAAUAUGGCUGUGCUACGCUACCUCAUUCUGCCAUAUGGCUUUGCUAAUCUUGCUCGCCCGGUAACCGGUAUUUUACGGAUAUUUGACAGAAAUACGGACAAACAGAGCUGA